UCUUCUCUGGAGUCAACUAUGUUUGGUGGAUUGAGUUGGGUGUGGUAGUUGUCUGACCGCGAACCCCGCGAAACCUGAUUAAAAAUAUUGUUAUAAUUAUUACGAUUGAUGAGUGUAAAACAAUGGCCACCAAAGUGAGUUCGCCUGUUAAACCACCUUUUCCACCUAAACCUGCUCCAAAACCGGGCAAGGUGAAAGUCGUCAGAGCACUGUACAAGUAUACUGCGCUACGUCCAGAUGAGCUGUCAUUUGAAGAAGAUGAGGUACUCUAUGUCUACGACCAAGACACGGAUCCAAAUUGGUGGAAGGCCAAGUGUAAUAAUCGCGAAGGGCUAAUACCAGCCAAUUAUGUUGAAGAACAAACACAAGAAGUCGAGUUACCACUCCAUGAAGCUGCAAGACGUGGCAAUAUAUCAUUCUUAAGAGAAUGCUUAAAAGGUGGAGUCUCAGGUACUGGCUUAGACUCUGCCGGAAAUGUUCCAUUAUAUUGGGCCUCUAGAGCAGGCCAUAUCGAUUGUGUUAAAGAGCUCUUGAGUCUGCCUAAUCCUGCAGUCGAUGCACAGAAUAAAAUGGGAGAUACACCAUUACAUGCAGCAGCAAACCAUGGACAUUUAGAAGUUGUAGAGAUGUUGCUGGAAGCUGGAGCUGAUGCUAGUCUUAAGAACAGUGAUAAUUUAAUACCAGAAGAACUGGCUAGCAACGCAGCAGUUAUAAAUACUAUACAAAUGAGUUACAGGGAAUAUUCUGCUAAUCACUGUUACGAUGAUAAUGACUACGAAGAUGAGAGUGAUUAAUGAAGAAAGGAGCACUCAUAAAGGAGUGCUAAUAAGUAACCUUUCCUGAUGUACGUUAAUUCUCUUAUGAGCUGUCUCUUCAUUGAACAUAUUACAGGAAAAAAAAAGGAAUUCUGUGUUCAUUGUAAGACAAAAGUGAUACAAUGUAAGUUUAACUGUGAAAAGUUCAGCCUGCAUAAUAACACA